AGAGAACUUUUUGUCAGAAGCAAAUAAAUCCUUAUAAAAGGGCAUUAUUUUUUCUCACUUAAAACACAGGGGUUUUUAUGAAGUGUUUUAACUUGGCUCUAAAUAUUGUAGUUUUUUUUUUUUCCAAAGCUCUUUUUUUUUUUUUUUUAUAGGUCAAGGAAGCUAAUAUAUUAAGCAAAAAGAGGCAAUUUUUUAUAUAAAAUUAAAUAAAUGUUUCCUUGACUAAAAAUCCUUUUUUAUGGCUUGAUGGGAAGAUGAAUAAGAGUAAAAACUUUUUUUUUUUUUAAAUGCAACAAACUGUAUGAACAUAAUUGAGUAUAUAAAAAAAAAAUUGAUAAAAGAAAAAUCUGAUAAAUAUUUUUGUUGCCAUUUUUGUCAAACUUAAUUUUUGCAUCUUUUCAUUAAAACUGCUAAGAUGCAGACAUAGAUAUGUUGUUCUUUUGUGUUUUUAAACUUUUGGUGUUUUUAAAAUAUUUUUUAGGAGAAAAGAAAAAAAUGAUUCACGAAAAUAAUAUAGAAGAUAAUACUGUUUCUAUAUGUUGUCUGAUGGUGGAGAAAAAGAAUGCAAAAUCUGUAAAAAACAUAUGCGACAAAGAAAAUCUUUUGCACAAAGACUUUCGUUUAACCCAGAUCAAAAAUUUGGUUGCAAUCCCACUUUCUUUUGAGAGCACUCUCAUAAAUAUGAAUGAUUUAUUAAAAGAUAAUUCUUCCCUUCAAAUGCAGUUUGUUGAUAGCAACACUCUUUUAAAAUCUAAAAUUAAAAAUCCAAGCGAGCAACUUGUAGAACUUUGCUACCAAUAUAGUCUCAAACUUGAUGGUUUGCCUUUUGAUGAGCUAAAAAAAAAUUUACCAAAGCGAUGGGAGAUUCAUGGUAAUUUAAUUUUGUUUCCAGAUCACUCAUUUUCUUUAAAAAUAUGGGAAAUUUUUCCACAAGAUUUUUGGAUAAGAGUUGCCAAAGUUUUUAAUGCAGAACGAAUAGCUAUCAAAUCAAAAAUAAUUGGAGAUGGUUUUCGCACACCUAAUGUCAUUCUUCGGUUAGGAAAUGACAGUUGGGUUGAACAUAUUGAUAAUGGUAUCAAAUAUGCUUAUGAUGUGAGGCUAAAUAUGUUUAGUAAAGGAAACAUUACAGAAAAACUGCGUAUUUCAUCGUUUAACUGUGAAAAUGAAGUUGUUGUUGAUUUGUUUGCAGGUAUUGGCUACUUUACAUUGCCAUAUUUGGUUAAAGCUCGUGCGCAUACUGUGUAUGCUUGUGAGUGGAAUCCAAAUGCAAUAAUAGCUUUAAAGCGAAAUCUUGAAAUAAAUGGAGUUAAUGAUCGAUGCAUAGUAAUUGAAGGAGAUAACCGAAAGAAUGCACCUCGAAAUGUAGCGGAUCGUGUAAAUCUUGGAUUAAUACCAACAUCUCAAAUGUCGUGGAAGGCUGCUUGCGACGCAUUAAAAAUUGAUUCUGGCGGAGUACUUCAUGUGCAUGAAAAUGUUACAUGUAAAGAUGAUACUUCCAUUUGCUCUUGUUCCAAUGUAUGCCUUGUUUAUUUAAAGUAUAAUGGUCAUGUUAAUAACUCUAAAAGAACUUCAUGGUGUACUCAUUUGCACUACUGCAUGUCUGAAAUACGAAAAUUGCUACCAUCGAUGUUUUCUUGGAAUAUAACUGUAAGUCAUAUUGAAUAUGUUAAGUCAUACGCACCGCACUUAGAUCACCUCGUGUUUGACUUAUUAAUUUCUCGCAAUUCAAGUUGAAUAUUUUAUUUAAAUGUUGUAAUACAGACCAUCAACAAUAACAACCUAGUUUU